AUGCUAGUGGCAUUAAAGCAACUACUGCUAAUCCACGGGCUCCUCUCGGUGGUGAAAGGAGAGAACAGCAGUCUGCGGAUAAACACAAAUUUGAAGGCAUUCGAGCCACUGCCCAUGGUCUCGGGCAGCGCGGGUGCGGCGGGGCUGGCCAUGGAGGCCAACAUAUGCACACGCGAGGAGCACUAUGUGGAGCAUGUGCCAGUGCCCGAGAUGCAGCCCGUGCGGGUUCGCACGUCCAGCUGGUGUCUGGAGAUACCGCCACGCUGUGCCACAUACAAGACGGAAAUGCGCGAGGUGAUGAAGGUGCAGAAACUAAACAAGACGAGAACUGUGCGCUUCUGCUGCGAAGGCUAUGAGGGGAAUCUCUCGGACAGUAAAGCUAUUUGCAAGCCCAUUUGUCGCGGCGGUUGUGGGCGUGGCAACUGCCUGUCUCCCGACAUAUGCAGCUGUGAGGAGGGCUAUACAGGCAAGCAUUGCACACAACGUUGCGAUCACGAUCGCUGGGGCCUGGGCUGCAGAAAUCCGUGUCUGUGCCAGAACGAUGCCGUGUGCGAUAACAAGUCUGGCAUUUGCCAUUGCAUAGCUGGCUGGGCAGGACAGUUCUGCGAGCAGCCCUGUCCGCCGGGCACCCAUGGCGUCAUGUGCCGCAAGGCCUGCGACUGCGCGGACAAGCUCUGCCAUCCGCAAACCGGCGAUUGCAUCAGCCAGCACUUGCCGAACGUGACGCACGUGAUGUUCGAGACGCUGAACUCGACUAUAGUGAACAUAACGCACAACCUGGACCACAUAGCCAAGAAGAUAGGCAGCAUAUCGGAAGCGGAACACGAAGCGAGCAGCACACCAAAGCCCGUGCCCGAGGUCAUUCUGAUCAAGCAGGCGGCGGAGGAGGCGCCGCACUCGCCCAAAAUCAUACUCCAUCAGUCGGGCGGCGAUUUGCUGGAGAACUUGCACUCAGUCGCCACGGGCGGAAAGGGCGUGGCCGAUGUCAUACACGUCAUCACCAAUUGGCCAGCCAAUGGCUCGAGUCCUGUGCCGGUGACCCAACAACCACAGAUAGCGGUUGCCGCCGUGGCAGCCGGGGACUUGCCCACUGGCGAGUACAAGGAGCACGAACACGCGAAGACGGCGGGGGAUCACGAGACCAGUUUGCUGACCACUCUGCUCAUUAUAUUGCUCAUCAUUCUGAUAGGCAUAACAAUCGCCUUCCUAUAUGUGUACAGACGCUAUCAUUGGCAUAAGCAGCGCGUGCAGGCGGCGCAGUCCAAUGGCCAGACGGCGAAUGGCCAGACAGUAACCGUCAAUGCCCCAGAGUUGGUGCUAACCGAGGCCAGCUUGGGAAAGCCCUUUCUCAAGCCAUUGCCUGAACUGCCACGCCACCAGAACUCUGUUUCCAGCUCGGCGGCUCCGCCGGAGCUCUAUGACACGCCCAGCAAUAACUCAUCCAUCAAGACACCGCCCUAUGCCUAUGCGCGCAAGGAGUCCCUCUAUUCGGUCGUGUCGCCCAAGUCGCGCAAAGGCAGUCUAGACUCCCACCUCUACGAUGAGAUACGCUACCACCAUCAGCAGCAGCAGCAACACAGCGCCAGCAGCCAGCCGGCCACCACCCACCACAUCGCCCACUUGAUCAUACCGCCGCAGAACUCCAAGUUCCUGCAGGUUCCCACGCUCACCUCAGCGCACAAAAUUGCACAUUUGUAG